AUGAAGCUUUUAACUUUUCUUUUUGCACUUAUCAUCAUCGCACAUCUGGCAAAAGGUGCUGCGGUCAGAUAUACGCUCAGAGAUCUUUUAGAAGAGUCUGAAAAACAUAAAAGUCUGGAAACCAACUCCAUAGCAACUCAGAGUCUUCACGUGACUGCGACUUUGCGAGAUUGUAGCAACCCAACAUGCGAUGCCAUUUGUAAAGCUCUUGGCUUCGAUCAUGGCGCCUGUGAAUCUGCUUCCAUUUGUCAUUGUUACAACUAG